AUGUUGGAGGUGAGCGCAUGAAUUCCGCCAUUUCUCCGACAAAAACACAUUUCGUUCCAUCAGAACAUCAACAUCAAAACGCUAUCGUACCCCACUUCCGGUAACUCAAUAGCCCACAUCUUUACAACUUCAUAAUGGCUCGAGGACUUCAAAAGGCACGCACACUAUAGGGAAUUAUUUUCAUUUACUAACAAACGCUUGCAGAUCGAGGCUCAGCAAAAAGCACAGGCCGCAGCAAAGAAGGGAGGCAAUUCGAUCUUAAAGAAAGAUAAGGGAAUGAAGUACCAAUGCGUUCGUCUAGUCCGUGACUUUCGAACAACUUGGUUCAAGUUAACAAUUAUUCAGGCCACUUGUAAAGCUGAAGUUGAUAAUAUCAACAACAUGAAGAUUCAUUGGGAGGUGGGUUCACCUCGGUUUUCCCUAAUAAAUAAUACACCCUAAUGAACUUCUAGGCAAAACAUCCAAAAGAAAAGGCACCAGCUGAUGACUUUGCAUCAAUGUCGAAGGCUCCUGCAACAAAGUGA